GCUUCCUCGUUCCGAGGAUUGAAGUUGGGCCGGCUCCGGUCCGCGUUUGCUGGAUUCCGCAUGCUAAUCCAUCCCUUUGCCGUCCACCCGCUUCGGCCGCUCCCAAGCAAACCUCCUCCCCUUCUUCGGCCUCCAACUUCGCGAUUCUACAAUGUCAUCAGUAGAAUAUAUCAGCUACAAAGGAAUCCUAUUACCUUCUGUCUGUUAUUCACUGGAAACUCUGGAUCAAGUGGAAAAUGAAUUCCAGACCCUGGAUGAUGAUGUAAUUACUGUCACUUACCCCAAGUCAGGCACCCAUUGGAUGGCAGAGAUCUUGGGCUUGAUCUCACAGAAUGGGGACCCCACAUGGACACACAGUGUGCUACUGUGGGAACGGUCUCCCUGGAUUGAGACUGAUGAUGGAUUGAAGCAAGCUUUGCAAAAUCCUCCACCCCGGCUGUUAAAUAGUCACCUUCCAUUUCAGCUUUUCCCCAAGUCCUUUCUGCACACCAAAGCCAAGGUUAUCUAUACCUUGCGUAAUCCCAAGGAUGUGCUGAUCUCAUCUUACCAUUUCUCCAUGAUGGCAAAUAUCCUAAAAACACCCAAGAGCCUGCAAGAGCAUCUGGAGGAUUUCCUGAGUGGGAAUGUGUUCUAUAGUUCCUGGUUUGACCAUGUGAAGAGCUGGAUGGAACUGAAAGGAAGGCCCAACUUUUUCUACAUUACCUACGAAGAACUCCAGCAGGACCUGAGAGGCAGUGUGGAGAAGAUCUGCCACUUCCUUGGGAAAGAGCUCAGUAGCCAGCAACUUGACUCUGUGGUGGAAUAUGCCUCUUUCCAGAAGAUGAAGGAGAACAAGAUGUCCAAUUACUCUCUGGUGGAUGAAAUUAUUGCGGACCACACAAAAGGAGAGUUUAUGAGAAAAGGGAUCUCUGGGGACUGGAAGAGCCACCUGACAGUGGCACAGAAUGAAUACUUUGACCGUGUUUAUCGGGAGAACAUGCAGGGCAUGAGGACUAACUUCCCGUGGGACUAGAGAAAGCCAGAUUUUCAUUCGGUUCUGCAUCCUCUCAGCGUCUUCUGUGUUGCAGCUGAGAAAUCAGCACCAACUAAUGAGGGAGUCUGAGUUCUCUGGAUGUGAUCAGAUGUAACAGCACCGUAAAAUGGUUUUAAAAUGUUUUAAUAGUGUUUAUUGUUUGAAUUGAUUGUUUAAUUGUCUGAAAUUUUGAACUGAUUAUUAGCCGCCCUGAGUCUGCUUGCGGACAGGGCGGGAUAUAAAUUAAAGGUACGUAAUAAUAAUAAUAAUAGUAAUAAUAAUAAUAAUAAUAAUAAUGUGUGUCAAAGGCAUGGUCCACGCAGGACCUUAUAAAGUGUACCAUACAAUCAGGCAUCACUAGGAUUGCCAGCUCCGGCUUGGGAAAUACCUGUAGAUUUUGGGUGUGGUGGAGCCUGGAGACAGUGGGGUUUGGGGAGGGGAGGGACUUCAGCAGGGCAUAAUGACAUAAGUCCACCUUCAAAGGAGGCCAUAUUCUUCAGGGGAACUGAUCUGUUGCCUGGAGAGCAGUUGAAAUCCUAGGAGAUCACCAGCUAUCACUUGGAGGUCAGUAACCCUAGAUGUUGCAUUUGUUGGGCUAUGGCUGAAGGAGGUAUAAUAAACUGGUCCUCAUUUGAUCACCUCAGGGAGGAAAAAAGAGAGCCCUGGGUUACUUUAUCCUCCUGAGGAACUCACCAAAAUGCUUAUAUCAGCAGAAAUUCAGUUGGCCCAUAGUAGUUAAGGUAUGACCAAUCUUCUGAAAUCAGUCACCAUAAGCACUAUGAAAUGUCAGCCAAAAUGUCUUCUGGAAGAUGGCAUUUUUGUGUGGUAGACCACUGACAUCUUUGUUGGCCACUUUGACCAGGUUGAGGCAGACUUGGCCCCUUACACUAUUCUUUUAAAGGCUUACGCAGUUUUUUAUUUUUAAAAAAUAAAGCAAAUAAGCAGUUCUUUUGAAA